AUGUCGUCUGAAAGCGCUCCGCCUCUCGGCGAGCGCCUCCUCGCCCUCUUCGAGCCGGCCCUACUGAUGGCCUGGGCCGCAUCGCACUAUUUCCGCGUCUGUGCUGAGGCAGUCUUUCAGAAAGGGCAGAUUCUUGCCCCCGUCCUGCAGACUGGCAGAUUGCGCGAUGAGGCGUUUGGCAGAUUCUGGGUCGAGUUUACGGGAACCCAACAACGCCAAAAGCAAUUCGAUUCAGUUGCAUCAGAGAGCAACCACACAGACCCAGACAGCAACAACAACAACGACGACAAGGACAACUACGCUCAACCAGCAAGCACCUCAUCAGAACUGAUCCCCCCACUCCUCAAAACAGCCUCGGGCAUUGUACUCGAUAUCGGCCCGGGCACAGGCACACAAAUGCCCCUCCUGCGAUCGCCCGCCAUAACAGCAAUCUACGGUCCCGAGCCCUGCCACGGGCUUCACGCCGAGCUGCGCGCCAAAGCCGCCGCCGAGGGUCUCGGCAGCAAGUACCACGUGCUACCCUGCGGCGUCGCAGCCGAAGAGCUUCUACCAGCCCUCCAAGCCACGGGCACGGGCAUCGUCCCUAACUCUACCUCUAACCCCGGCCCUAACUAUACGAAGAAAAAUGGCACCAAUGCCGCAACCUCCACAGGCGUCUUCGACACCAUCCUCUGCGUGCGCGUGCUCUGCUCCGUGCCGCACAUGGAGCGCACCGUGCGCGAACUGUACGCGCUGCUGCGGCCCGGUGGCAGAAUCCUGGUUACGGAGCAUGUGGUUAAUCCGUGGCGUUCGGCCAAGGGGUCCCUCGCUGGCCGCAUUGCGCAGGCUAUCUAUCAGUUCCUGGGGUGGAGCUGGUAUAUUGGGGAUUGUUGUUUGGAUCGGGAUACGGAGACGGCGUUGAGAGGCGCUGCUGAUGUUGAUGGCGGGUGGGAGAGUGUGCAGCUGGAUAGGUCGUUUUCUUGGUCGGCUAUGCCGCAUAUCUCGGGUACUUUGAUUAAGAAGAGUCUGUAG